GUCUUGGAAUCCUUGCCGAAAGUCGAGGAAAUGCCAGGGAGGCGCCUUGCCAAGCGCGUGCUGCUCUUGGAUGGACGCAUCCUGCUGGCCGAGGAGGUGCUGGGAGAGCUCGAUGCGGCCGGCACAGGCAGCUUGCGGCUGCAGUUGAUCUGGCAAAACCGGCAGGUUCUUCGCACGGACCCGGGGCCCUUCGAGGAGGAUGGCCCGAGGCCUUUGAUCCUCCACCUGGCCAUUUGUGGGGCUCGCUGCGUUGGAAAGACAUCGCUGCUCCAGCGCUACACCAACACGGAGGCCACGCACAUCGGCCUGGACUUCAAGCGGGUCCACCUACUCGUCGAUGGUGACGUCCUCGUCCGUCUGUACCUCUGGGAUUCCGGGUUCAACAGGAUGAGGCGGAAGGACCCUGCGCAGGGGCUCUUUCUCUUCGACCUGACCGACCGGAGCUCCUUUGAUCAG